AUGUCCGAGGCCGGUGUAGCCGAUAGCGUCCAGGCUCGUCGACAACGUCGACGCGCAGCUGGGCAGAGUGGAGGCGAGUUUGAGAUCGUUCGUCACAAUGGUACGAUCAGUUACCGCUAUGUUUGGCCAGACAAAGAAAAGGAUUUUGUUGAUCGCCUUGUUUCCUGGGCUGUCGCUGGACCAACCACAGCUUCUGUUGUGACCGAGUCAGACAAGACUCCCGAUCACAAUGCCCAGGUCGAGACAAAGAAAGACAAUCCGAACGAGGAAAACAUUGUAUUAAACGUGCAGGACACUGAAACAAAGGCAUUGAGUGAUGAUGUUGGCUGCGUUGAGAUGAUAACUUCGGGACAAGAGGUCAGGAAGGCACGCGGGGCUUUCCGAAGGCUGAAUAGGCGCAUAUCUGGAUGGCUGCAGUGCAAAAAGGCCGAUGGGAAAGAAGAUGAACUCGAGGAGAGCAGCGGACUAGCGCCAGAACAAGGCCAGCCCUGGAUUUCUCAACCCCAGCUGCCGCCAGUCCAUACGGAGAGCCCUGUUAAGGAGCAAUUAGAGUUCGAGGCUGACCGUGUAUCGACACAUGAGGACGUGAACUGGGGAUUUUUUCUUGCACAACACGGCAGUUCGGACUUGGCCAGACAAUUCGAGAAUGAGAUUCGGUGUUCGAACGUCAUCGAUGAUCAGAACCUCAGCGAUGGUGAGAAGGAUUGA